ACUAAUUUAAAACGAUUUGUUAACAAAUAAGCAAGCAUUUUACAUUUAUUUUUUAAAAAAAUUAUUUAUUCUUUUAUGCCAAUAUAAUAGUAAUCGACAUCAGAAAAUGGAUGGAAACCAUUAAACAAAAUAUUGAUCAAAAUGAAAGUUUUAUACUUUUUUUCAUUUAGAGCAAUUUUUGUAUUCUUGAUUGGAGUCUGGAAAACAGAGACAAGUCCUUUACUUUCAGAACUAUUUUCACACCAGAUCAAGAUUAAAGGCCAUGAUGGACCAUUUGUAGCCAAAACAAAUGAAGAGUUAACUAAAGAAUGUGAAGCAGAAGAAAAAACACAAGAUUUAAAAACCUUGGGUGUCAUUGAAGAAGGAGAUAUAGAAGUGACAGAGUUAUUUGAUCAACUCAGAAGUGGAAAAAAAUCAGAUUUUUGGACACUUAAAGAGUACCAUUGGGAAAAUAAUACAGUCCCAUAUACUAUCUCAUCAUCAACAAGUUUAAAAAAACAUGAAAAUCCAGCAUGCGAAGGUAUUAUUGAUAUUGGCUUUAUAUUGGAUUCAUCAAAUAGCUUAGAAAACGACUAUAGGCAUGAGAAAGAAUUUAUAAAGAAACUUGCUAGCAAAUUUGGGGUUAGUCACAAUGGCUCCCAUGUUUCUCUUGUUGCUUUUAGCCAGAUUGCAACUAUUAAUAUCAAGCUUAAUGAUUUUUUUGAAAUUUCUGCUUUUAACACAGCAGUUGACCGAGUACCACAUAUAAAUGGUGAUUCAAGAAUUGGUUUAGGUUUGCGGACUGCAUUAGAAAUUUUUGAGGAAAGAAAUGGAGCAAGAAAUAAUAUACCUAAACUUUUAUUUGUGCUAAUAAACACUGAACAAAUUAAAAAUGAUGAAAUUGAAAAUCCUUUAAUUGUUGCCAAUGAAAUCAGAAACAAAGGAAUUGAUAUAAUCGCUAUAGGAAUUGGAAAACCUACCUAUCAUGAAAAGCUGAUGAGUAUUGCUGGUAGUAAAGGAAAUUUGUUUUUGGCAAAGGAGUUUAAGGACUUAGUUGUUAAUGAUUUUGUAAAUAAAGUAAAAGCUGGCAGUUGUUUUUCAGGGGACAUCAGAAAGGAAACACAGUUGCAAAAAGAUAAUUUAAUUGCUACUUUACCAACUGUUGAAAAAGAAUUUAAAAUAUCUUUUGAAAUGAAAACAACUUCUUAUUCUGCUGGGUAUCACAGUGUUUUUAAACUGGAUUUGGGCAACGGCUUGUUUAUUGCUAUUUAUUUUACUGAAGAAGGUCAUGGAACUCUUGCUGUUGCAUCCUUUAUAAGUAGUUCAGUAAGUGAAGAAAUAAAAUCAGAAAAUAAAAUUACUUUAAACCGUUGGGUUGCAGUUAAAAUAUCUCAACAAUUGUAUAGUGGUAUAUACAUUUAUGCUGUUGAAGUUGCAGGGAAAACACUGCUUUCAAAAGUGAAUUCAAAUGUUCAAGAUUUUAAUUCAGUGAGUGUGUACGCAUCUGAUCCAGAUAAUCUGGCACAAGCUGGCUCAAUUCGCAAUCUCAAAAUUAAAAAUGGAAAUGAAGGAUUUCUUGUAAAACAACAGAGCCCAUUAAAAAAAGGUGCUCUAAUUGCAACUUUGCCAAAACUUGAAAAAGAAUAUGUUUUGUCCUUGGAUAUUCAACCUGAAGAUUUUCCUGAUAUCUACCAUAAUAUUAUUCAGUUAGCAUCUGGUAAUGACAACUUUGGAGUCAGUAAUAAUAACCCUGCAAUAUGGCUUCACAAAGGGGCCAACGGAAAGCUCAAUUUAGCUGCUUUAGUCAAUUCAAAGCAUGUAAUUUUUCAUAAAGUGUCACUUGAUUUGAAUUUUUGGAGCAAAAUAACAUUAUCUCAACAGUUAAUUGCAGGGUCAUACAUCUACUCUAUUACUGUGAAUGAUACAGAAGUUUAUUCUGAAAAAAAAGAUUUUCCUGUUGAGCUGGACAUAGUAAAAGUGUACGCUGGUUCUCCUGAUGAUGUUACCCAACAAGGUUUAAUAAGAAAUUUUUAUGCUUCAAAUGGAAAUAAAGCUGAAAAAUCACCAGAUAAAACAUGUGAACAGAUAAGUGAUAUUCUAGUGCUUAUUGAUUCUUUUGCAAAUAAACAAGAGGAUGCCAACACAGAGAAAACAUUUUUAAAAAAAUUUGCCCAUACAUUUGAAGUGACAAAUGAUGGCUCACAUUUGGGAUUGAUUUCUUUUAAUUCUGAUGUUAAAAUGAACUUAAAAACAACUGAUAACCAAGUUGCUAGUAAUAUUGAUAAAUCAAUAGAUAGCAUAAAGUUUGUUAAUAAGCAGCUUGAUUUGCAGGGCUCUGGUCUCAUUAGUGCUCUUCAUUUAGCACAUGAGGAGUUUUUUUCUCAGCCAGAUAAAGAUAAAGAUCGUAUAGAUGAUGUUCCUAAAGUUCUUGUGUUAAUAUCAACUGAAGAGCAGGAGGAAGAUAAUGAACUGUGCGAGAAAUAUAAAGCAUUACUUCAUUCUAUGGAUUCUAUGAAUCCAUGUAAAAAUCACAAAUUAAAAAACACUCUUAACGAAAUACAAGGAGUAGACAAAUACCAUACCCAAGGUGAAAACUUCAAAUUAGGUUAUGGAGGCAGAAGAACAAUUCAUGAAACAAAAUCAAAUAUACAUGAAAAACUAUUUGGCAACAAAAUAUUCGGAGCAAAGAAAAAUAAAAUUGAAAAUCGAUAUCGAAAAGAUAGAUUUCAGAGAUCUGGUAUCAGUGAAAGAAGAAAUUGGAAGAAAUUUUUAAUUGGAAAAAUGAAGAAAAAUAACAAUAAAGAUAAUAUAGACUAUAUAAAAAAAUAUUGGGCAGAUAAAGAGAAUAGUCAAGUAGGUGUUAAGCGGGGUUAUGAGCAAGUGGGUGUUAAGCAGGGAAAUGGGCAAUUGGCUAAUAAACAUGGAUACAGACAAGUGGGUGUUCAGCCAGAAUAUGGACAGGCUUUUAAAAAAGCAUUAAUGCAAGGCAUUAAUAAUAUUAAAUUAGGCAAUAAAAUAAUAGAUCCAAAAUUAAAUAUUCAAUCAGUAAAUAAACCAGGAACAGCAUCGACAUCACCUGGCUUACUUACUCAAAAUAUAAAGCCACAAUCAACAGAGAACAAUAGAGAACAGCAAAAUGGUAAUGAUGUUAUUCCUCCGUUAGGCCAUCAAGUUGGUAAACCUCAAUUGUAUGAUGAAACUGAAAACAUUUUAUCACUGAACAAAUUGUCUGGAAAUAAAGUUAACAUUUAUAAUACUAAUGAAAUAAGUAAAACAAAGUUUACAGGUAGUUAUGGGAACCAAGAAUCAAACAAUAAACCAAUUAUAAAUCAAUUAGGUAAUAUAUUUGGAAAUUUUGAAUCAAUUAAAGAUAUUGGAAAACUCCAUGAGAGCAAUAAUUUAGCUGCUCCUCAUUUAGGUUACAAUACUCAAAGACCAGAAAUCAAUGAAAAUUUUCAUUUAAGCAAUAAUGCUUUUAGACCUCACCUUGCUUAUCAAAAUGAAAGUCCAGAAUCAUUUAACAGUGGAAUAAUGCAUACAGGUAAUAAAAUAGUUACACCUAAAUUAGGUAACAAAUUUGGUCUAACUAUGUCAGACAAACCACAUAAUGAUUCAAAUAAGUUAGCAUCACUAGCUUUAAAAAUGCGAAACAAAGGAGUUAUUAUUGUUGCGAUUGGAAUAGGGCCAAAUGUAGACCAGAAAAAACUGACUGAUAUAGCUGGCAGUUCAGACAAAGUACUGUUGGCAGAAAAAAUGCAAGAUUUAUUGGAAAAAGAUUUUCUUGCUAAAGUAAAGAAAGCAAGCUGUAGUGAAGAUGCCAGAACGGAAAGACUAUUAGAUAAUGGCAAGUUGUUAACAGUCUUACGCAAGAUCAGUAAAGAAUAUUCAAUUGUUUUUGAAUUAAAACCAAUAAACUUUACUUCUGGAUUGCAAAGUGUAAUACAUUUAGUAGAAGACAAUGGCAAUGGUUUACCUGGUAAAAUUUUCCUUGCAGUUUGGUUCAAUGGUAAAUCUGGAAAUUUAGUUGUUUCAUCUGAUGUCAGUGGAUAUAAAGGUUUUCAUUUCAUUUAUGACAAGACUAUUGCGGUAAAUGUAUGGACUGAAAUUGCAAUUUCACAGUUUAAAUAUAACGAUCUUGAAUAUGUUUAUGAAAUUAAAGUUAAUGGCAAGCAAGUUCAUUCCAUUAUGAACGAAGGAGCUCAAGAAUUUACAAACAUUAAUGUUUAUGCAUCUGAUCCUUUUAACCCUCCAUUAUCUGGUUCAAUAAGAAAUUUUGUUUUUACAAAUGGUGUCAAAGGACACGUUAUUCAUAAAGAAACACCUCUGGAGAGUGGUAAACUUCUUACAACCCUUCCGAAAUUGGAAUUAGAAUAUCAAAUUUGUUUUGAGAUAAAACCUGAAAUAUCCAAAAGUUUUCAAAGUGUUUUGCAAAUUAUGCAAACAGACCACAAAAAUAAUAAAUAUGGUAUAGAGAAAUUAGCAAUAUGGUUAGAUGAUGAGCUUAAUGGAAGAGUUACUUCAGGAAUCAAUGAUGAUUUUCAUGUUAAUUUUAAGAAAAGCUUAACACUACACACAUGGUCUAACAUUCGUAUUUCACAACAGUUGAUGCAUAACAAGUAUUUAUUUGAAGUUGAGUUGAACGGGAAUGAAGUUAUUUCAGUCGAAAAUCCAAAUCCAAAAGAAUUUGUCAAUUUAAAGGUCUACGCUUCUAGCCCAUUGUAUGAGUCAAUACCUGCUUCUAUCCGCAAUGUGAUUGUCACCAAUGGACAUGAAGAUAUCGAGUUGCGUAAAGUUGUCAGAUCUGCUAUUACAGAUUUUCAUGAUUUCACUUCAGUACGGUUUGUUCACCGCCAUGAAGAGCCUGAUUAUCUAACUUUUCAUCCAUCAGAAGGAUGCUACUCAAAGAUAGGAAAAGCUGGGGGCGAACAAAUCAUUAGUGUUGGCCUUGAAUGCAGAUGGAAAGGCACUGUUAUUCAUUUGAUCAUGCAUGCUCUAGGAUUUUUGCAUGAAACAUCAAGAGUCGAUCGUGAUGUACAUCUUAAAGUCAACUAUGAAAAUAUGUAUCAGAAGUCAAUCAUAAAUUUCAAAAAAUAUAAUGCUGGUCAAGAAAUGGGAUUGUUGUAUGAUUACUUCAGCAUCAUGCAUUAUAGAGCUUUAGCUUUCUCUAAAAAUGGAUUGCCCACUCUUACAAGUUUACAUCCCAAUAUCAAAGGAACUAUUUUAGGACAACGUAACGGGUUCAGUGAAAGUGAUAUUAAACGUAUUCACAAAGUGUAUCCGCCUAUGAUAGAUUACAAUGUGGAAAAACCUUUGGAACAAACAAACAACCCAGAAAACAAUUCAGAACAUCCCAACCAUCCUAAACACCAAGAUCAUUUAAAGCCUGAAGAAGUAAAAAAUAAACCAGGUGACCACCAAGAACAUCAUGAAUAUCCUGAUCAACCAGAUCAUUUAAAGCCUAACAAACAAACAGAGAAGCCAGGUGAUCAUCCAGGACAUACUGAACAUCUCUUAGGAGAUCAUGAAAAUCCCAAUCAUCUGGAUCAUUCAAAACCAAACAAAGAAACAGUAAAACCUGGUGAUCGUCUGGACCAUUCUAAUCACCAAGAUCAUUUAAAGCCUGACAAAGACACAGAAAAACCAGAUGACCAUCAAGGGCAUCCUGAACAUCCUAAUCAUCCCAAUCAUUUAAAUCCUGACAAAGAAACAGAAAAAUCAGGUGAUCACCCAGGACAUCUCGAACAUCUUAAUCACCCAGAUCAUUUAAAUCCUGAAAAAGAAACAGAAAAACCAUAUAUCCAUCCAGGACAACUUAAUUUACCUGAAAAUUUAAAACCUGAUUUAGACAACAAUAAACCAGUUGACCAUCCAGAACAUCCUGAACAUCCUAAUCAUCUCGAUCAUUCAAAGUCUGACAAAGAAACAGAAAAACCAAAUGACUAUCAAGUACAUCCGGAACAUCCUAAUCAACCCAAUCAUUUGAAUUCUGACAAAGAAACAGAAAAAUCAGGUGAUCACCCAGGACAUCUCGAACAUCCUGAUCACCCAGAUCAUUUAAAGCCUGAAAAAGAAGCAGAAAAACCAUAUAUCCAUCCAGGACAACUUAGUUUUCCUGAAAAUUUUAAACCUGAUUUAGACAACAAUAUACCAGUUGACCAUGAGAAACAUCCUGACCAUCCUAAUCAUCUCGAUCAUUCAAAGCCUGAUAAAGAUACAAAAAAACCAGGUACUCAUCCCGAACAUCCUAAUCACCCUGAUCAUUUAUAUCCUGACAAAGAAAGAGAAAAAUCAGAUGACCACCCAGGACAUCCAGAACAUCCAAAGCACCAAGAUCAUUCAAUGCCUGAUAAAGAAACAGAAAAACCAGGUGACCAUCCAGAACAUCCUGAUCACCAAGAUCAUUUAAAUCCUUACAAAGAAACAGAAAAACAAAAUGACCACCCAGGACAUCCAGAACAUCCUAAACACCAAGAUCAUUCAAAGCCUGAAAAAGAAACUGAAAAAUCAGGCGACCACCAACAACAUCCUGAUCACCCACUCAAUUCAAAACCUGACAAGGAAACAGAUAAACCUGAUGACUAUAUUGGACAUCCUGAACAUAUGGAUCACCCAGAUCAUUCAAAGCCUGACAGAGGAAAAGAAAAUCCAGUUGAUCAUCUAGGACAUCCUGAUAACCCAGAUCAGUCAAAACCUGAAAAAGUAACGGAAAGACCUGUUGACCAUAUAGGACAUCCUGAACAUCCAUAUCACCCAGAACAUUUGAAGCCUGACAAAGUCACUGAAAAACCUCUUGACCAUAUAAGACAUCCAGAUCAUCCGGUUGAUCAUAUAGAACAUCCUAAUAAUUCAGAUCAGUCAAAACCUGACAAAGAAACAGAAAAACCAGAUGAAUAUCCAGGACAUCAUCAACAUCCUGAUUAUCAAGACCAUUCAAAACCUAACGAAGAAACAGAAAGACCUGUUGACCAUAUAGGACAUCCUGAUCGUCCAGAUCAUCUAGACAAUUUAAAGCCCAAUAAAGAAACAGACAAACCACUUGAUCAUCUGGGACUUCCUAAUCAUCCUGAUCAUUUAAAGCCUGACCAAGAAACAGAAAAACCAGAUAAAUAUCCACAACAUCAUGAACAUCCUGAUCAUUCAAAGCCUGACAAAGAAACAGAAAAACCAAAUAAAUAUCCAGGACAUCAUGAAUAUCCUGAUCACCUUGACCAUUCAAAACCUGAAAAAGAAACAGAAAAACCUCUUGACCAUAUGGUGCAUCCUGAUCUUCCAGACCAUUUAAAGCCUGACAAAGAAACAGAAAAACCAUUUGAUCAUCUAGGGCUUCCUGAUCAGCCAGAUCAUUCAAAGCCUGACAGAGAAACAGAAAAACCUCAUGACCAUAUGGGACAUCCUGAUCUUACAGAUCACCCAGAACAUUUAAAGCCUGGAAAGGAAGCAGAAAAACCUCUUGACUUUGAUGGACAUCCUAAUCAUCCAGAUCAUUUAAAGCCUGACAAAGAAACAGAAAAACCAGAUAAAUAUCCGGAACAUCAUGAACAUCCUGAUCAUUCAAAGCCUGAUAAAGAAACAGAGAAACCUAAUGAAUAUCCAGGACAUCAUGAAUAUCCUGAUCACCUGGACCAUUCAAAACCUGAAAAAGAAACAGAAAAACCUCUUGACCAUAUGGUGCAUCCUGAUCUUCCAGACCAUUUAAAGCCUGACAAAGAAACAGAAAAACCAUUUGAUCAUCUAGGGCUUCCUAAUCAGCCAGAUCAUUCAAAGCCUGACAGAGAAACAGAAAAACCUUAUGACCAUAUGGGACAUCCUGAUCUCUCAGAUCACCCAGAUCAUCCAGACCAUUCAAAACCUAACAAAGAAACAGAAAAACCUCUUGAUCAUUUGGAACAUCCUAAUCACCCUGAUCAUCUAAAGCCUGAUAAAGAAACAGAAAAACCAGUCGAUCAUCUAGGGCUUCCUAAUCAGCCAGAUCAUUCAAAGCCUGACAGAGAAACAGAAAAACCUUACGACCAUAUGGGACAUCCUGAUCUUCCAGAUCAUUCAGACCAUUUAAAGCCUGAAAAAGAAAUAGAAAAACCUCAUGAGCAUAUGGUACAUCCUGAUCACCCAGAUCAUCCAGACCAUUUAAAACCUAACAAAGAAACAGAGAAACCUCUUGACCAUUUGGAAUAUCCUGACCACCUUGAUCAUCUAAAGCCUGACAAAGAAACAGAAAAACCAUUUGAUUAUCUGGGACUUCCUAAUCAUCCAGAUCAUUCAAAGCCUGACAGAGAAACAGAAAAACCUUACGACCAUAUGGGACAUCCUGAUCUUCCAGAUCAUUCAGACCAUUUAAAGCCUGAAAAAGAAACAGAAAAACCUUAUGAGCAUAUGGUACAUCCUGAUCACCCAGAUCAUCCAGACCAUUUAAAACCUAACAAAGAAACAGAAAAACCUCUUGACCAUUUGGAACAUCCUGACCACCUUGAUCAUCUAAAGCCUGAAAAAGAAACAGAAAAACCAUUUGAUUAUCUGGGACUUCCUAAUCAUCCAGAUCAUUCAAAGCCUGACAGAGAAACAGAAAAACCUUACGACCAUAUGGGACAUCCUGAUCUUCCAGAUCAUUCAGACCAUUUAAAGCCUGAAAAAGAAACAGAAAAACCUUAUGAGCAUAUGGUACAUCCUGAUCACCCAGAUCAUCCAGACCAUUUAAAACCUAACAAAGAAACAGAAAAACCUCUUGACCAUUUGGAACAUCCUGAUCACCCUGAUCAUCUAAAGCCUGACAAAGAAACAGAAAAACCAUUUGAUUAUCUGGGACUUCCUAAUCAUCCAGAUCAUUCAAAGCCUGAUAAAGAAACAGAAAAACCUUAUGACCAUAUGGGACAUCCUGAUCUUACAGAUCACCCAGAACAUUUAAAGCCUGAAAAGGAAGCAGAAAAACCUCUUGAUCUUAAUGGACAUCCUGAUCAUCCAGAUCAUUUAAAGCCUGACAAAGAAACAGAAAAACCAGAUAAAUAUCCAGAACCUCAUGAACAUCCUGAUCAUCCAAAGCCUGACAAAGAAACAGAGAAACCAAAUGAAUAUCCAGGACAUCAUGAAUAUCCUGAUCACCUUGACCAUUCAAAACCUGAAAAAGAAACAGAAAAACCUCUUGACCAUAUGGUGCAUCCUGAUCUACCAGACCAUUUAAAGCCUGAAAAAGAAACAGAAAAACCAAUCAAUCAUCUAGGGUUUCCUGAUCAGCCAGAUCAUUCAAAGCCUGACAGAGAAACAGAAAAACCUUAUGACCAUAUGGGACAUCCUGAUCUCUCAGAUCACCCAGAUCAUCCAGACCAUUCAAAACCUAACAAAGAAACAGAAAAUCCUCUCGAUCAUUUGGAACAUCCUGAUCAUCUAAAGCCUGACAAAGAAGCAGAAAAACCAAUCGAUCAUCUAGGACUUCCUGAUCAGCCAGAUCAUUCAAAGCCUGACAGAGAAACAGAAAAACCUUAUGACCAUAUGGGGCAUCCUGAUCAUCCAGAUCACCCAGGCCAUUUAAAGCCUGAAAAAGAAAUAGAAAAACCUUAUGACAAUAUGGUACAUCCUGAUCACCCAGAUCAUUCAGACCAUUCAAAACCUUACAAAGAAACAGAGAAACCUCUUGAUCAUUUAGAACAUCCUGAUCAUCUAAAGCCUGACAAAGAAACAGAAAAAGGAAUUGAUCAUCUAGGACUUCCUGAUCAGCCAGAUCAUUCAAAGCCUGACAGUGAAAAAGAAAAACCUUAUGACCAUAUGGGGCAUCCUGAUCAUCUAGAUCAUACAGACCAUUUAAAGCCUGAAAAAGAAACAGAAAAACCUUAUGAAAAUAUGGUACAUCCUGAUCACCCAGAUCAUCCAGACCAUUCAAAACCUGAAAAAGAAACAGAAAAACCUCUUGACCAUUUGGAACAUCCUGAUCACCCUGAUCAUCUAAAGCCUGAUAAAGAAACAGAAAAACCAGUCGAUCAUCUAGGACUUCCUGAUCAGCCAGAUCAUUCAAAGCCUGAGAGAGAAACAGAAAAACCUUAUGACGAUAUGGGACAUCCUGAUAUCUCAGAUCACCCAGAUCGUCCAGACCAUUUAAAACCUAACAAAGAAACAGAAAAACCUCUUGAUCAUUUGGAACGUCCUGAUCACCCUGACCAUCUGAAGCCUGACAAAGAAACAGAAAAACCAAUUGAUCACCUUGGACUUCCUGAUCAGCCAGAUCAUUCAAAACCUGACAGAGAAACAGAAAAACCUUAUGACCAUAUGAGGCAUCCUGAUCAUCCAGAUCAUACAGACCAUUUAAAGCCUGAAAAAGAAACAGAAAAACCUUAUGAAAAUAUGGUACAUCCUGAUCACCCAGAUCAUCCAGACCAUUUAAAACCUAACAAAGAAACAGAAAAACCUCUUGACCAUUUGGAACAUCCUGAUCACCCUGAUCAUCUAAAGCCUGAUAAAGAAACAGAAAAACCAGUCGAUCAUCUAGGACUUCCUGAUCAGCCAGAUCAUUCAAAGCCUGACAGAGAAACAGAAAAACCUUAUGACGAUAUGGGACAUCCUGAUCUCUCAGAUCACCCAGAUCGUCCAGACCAUUUAAAACCUAACAAAGAAACAGAGAAACCUCUUGAUCAUUUGGAACAUCCUGAUCACCCUGACCAUCUAAAGCCUGACAAAGAAACAGAAAAACCAAUUGAUCACCUUGGACUUCCUGAUCAGCCAGAUCAUUCAAAACCUGACAGAGAAACAGAAAAACCCUAUGACCAUAUGGGGCAUCCUGAUCAUCCAGAUCAUACAGACCAUUUAAAGCCUGAAAAAGAAACGGAAAAACCUUAUGAAAAUAUGGUACAUCCUGAUCACCCAGAUCAUCCAGACCAUUUAAAACCUAACAAAGAAACAGAGAAACCUCUUGAUCAUUUGGAACAUCCUGAUCACCCUGAUCAUCUAAAGCCUGACAAAGAAACAGAAAAACCAAUUGAUCACCUAGGACUUCCUGAUCAGCCAGAUCAUUCAAAACCUGACAGAGAAACAGAAAAACCUUAUGACGAUAUGGGACAUCCUGAUCUCUCAGAUCACCCAGAUCAUCCAGACCAUUCAAAACCUAACAAAGAAACAGAGAAACCUCUUGAUCAUUUGGAACAUCCUGAUCACCCUGAUCAUCUAAAGCCUGACAAAGAAACAGAAAAACCAAUUGAUCACCUAGGACUUCCUGAUCAGCCAGAUCAUUCAAAACCUGACAGAGAAACAGAAAAACCUUAUGACCAUAUGGGGCAUCCUGAUCAUCCAGAUCAUUCAGACCAUUUAAAGCCUGAAAAAGAAACAGAAAAACCUUAUGAAAAUAUGGUACAUCCUGAUCACCCAGAUCAUCCAGACCAUUUAAAACCUAACAAAGAAACAGAGAAACCUCUUGAUCAUUUGGAACAUCCUGAUCACCCUGAUCAUCUAAAGCUUGACAAAGAAACAGAAAAACCAAUUGAUCACCUAGGACUUCCUGAUCAGCCAGAUCAUUCAAAACCUGACAGAGAAACAGAAAAACCUUAUGACCAUAUGGGGCAUCCUGAUCAUCCAGAUCAUUCAGACCAUUUAAAGCCUGAAAAAGAAACAGAAAAACCUUAUGAAAAUAUGGUACAUCCUGAUCACCCAGAUCAUCCAGACCAUUUAAAACCUAACAAAGAAACAGAGAAACCUCUUGAUCAUUUGGAACAUCCUGAUCACCCUGAUCAUCUAAAGCCUGACAAAGAAACAGAAAAACCAAUUGAUCACCUAGGACUUCCUGAUCAGCCAGAUCAUUCAAAACCUGACAGAGAAACAGAAAAACCUUAUGACGAUAUGAGACAUCCUGAUCUCUCAGAUCACCCAGAUCAUCCAGACCAUUCAAAACCUAACAAAGAAACAGAGAAACCUCUUGAUCAUUUGGAACAUCCUGAUCACCCUGAUCAUCUAAAGCCUGACAAAGAAACAGAAAAACCAAUUGAUCACCUAGGACUUCCUGAUCAGCCAGAUCAUUCAAAACCUGACAGAGAAACAGAAAAACCUUAUGACCAUAUGGGGCAUCCUGAUCAUCCAGAUCAUUCAGACCAUUUAAAGCCUGAAAAAGAAACAGAAAAACCUUAUGAAAAUAUGGUACAUCCUGAUCACCCAGAUCAUCCAGACCAUUUAAAACCUAACAAAGAAACAGAGAAACCUCUUGAUCAUUUGGAACAUCCUGAUCACCCUGAUCAUCUAAAGCCUGACAAAGAAACAGAAAAACCAAUUGAUCACCUAGGACUUCCUGAUCAGCCAGAUCAUUCAAAACCUGACAGAGAAACAGAAAAACCUUAUGACGAUAUGAGACAUCCUGGUCUCUCAGAUCACCCAGAUCAUCCAGACCAUUCAAAACCUAACAAAGAAACAGAGAAACCUCUUGAUCAUUUGGAACAUCCUGAUCACCCUGAUCAUCUAAAGCCUGACAAAGAAACAGAAAAACCAAUUGAUCACCUAGGACUUUCUGAUCAGCCAGAUCAUUCAAAACCUGACAGAGAAACAGAAAAACCUUAUGACGAUAUGAGACAUCCUGAUCUCUCAGAUCACCCAGAUCAUCCAGACCAUUCAAAACCUAACAAAGAAACAGAGAAACCUCUUGAUCAUUUGGAACAUCCUGAUCACCCUGAUCAUCUAAAGCCUGACAAAGAAACAGAAAAACCAAUUGAUCACCUAGGACUUUCUGAUCAGCCAGAUCAUUCAAAACCUGACAGAGAAACAGAAAAACCUUAUGACCAUAUGGGGCAUCCUGAUCAUCCAGAUCAUACAGACCAUUUAAAGCCUGAAAAAGAAACAGAAAAACCCUAUGAAAAUAUGGUACAUCCUGAUCACCCAGAUCAUCCAGACCAUUUAAAACCUAACAAAGAAACAGAGAAACCUCUUGAUCAUUUGGAACAUCCUGAUCACCCUGAUCAUCUAAAGCCUGACAAAGAAACAGAAAAACCAAUUGAUCACCUAGGACUUCCUGAUCAGCCAGAUCAUUCAAAACCUGACAGAGAAACAGAAAAACCUUAUGACCAUAUGGGGCAUCCUGAUCAUCCAGAUCAUUCAGACCAUUUAAAGCCUGAAAAAGAAACAGAAAAACCUUAUGAAAAUAUGGUACAUCCUGAUCACCCAGAUCAUCCAGACCAUUUAAAACCUAACAAAGAAACAGAGAAACCUCUUGAUCAUUUGGAACAUCCUGAUCACCCUGAUCAUCUAAAGCCUGACAAAGAAACAGAAAAACCAAUUGAUCACCUAGGACUUCCUGAUCAGCCAGAUCAUUCAAAACCUGACAGAGAAACAGAAAAACCUUAUGACGAUAUGGGACAUCCUGAUCUCUCAGAUCACCCAGAUCAUCCAGACCAUUCAAAACCUAACAAAGAAACAGAGAAACCUCUUGAUCAUUUGGAACAUCCUGAUCACCCUGAUCAUCUAAAGCCUGACAAAGAAACAGAAAAACCAAUUGAUCACCUUGGACUUCCUGAUCAGCCAGAUCAUUCAAAACCUGACAGAGAAACAGAAAAACCUUAUGACCAUAUGGGGCAUCCUGAUCAUCCAGAUCAUACAGACCAUUUAAAGCCUGAAAAAGAAUCAGAAAAACCUUAUGAAAAUAUGGUACAUCCUGAUCACCCAGAUCAUCCAGACCAUUUAAAACCUAACAAAGAAACAGAGAAACCUCUUGAUCAUUUGGAACAUGCUGAUCACCCUGAUCAUCUAAAGCCUGACAAAGAAACAGAAAAACCAAUUGAUCACCUAAGACUUCCUGAUCAGCCAGAUCAUUCAAAACCUGACAGAGAAACAGAAAAACCUUAUGACCAUAUGGGGCAUCCUGAUCAUCCAGAUCAUACAGACCAUUUAAAGCCUGAAAAAGUAACAGAAAAACCUUAUGAAAAUAUGGUACAUCCUGAUCACCCAGAAUAUCCAGACCAUUUAAAACCUAACAAAGAAACAGAGAAACCUUUUGAUCAUUUGGAACAUCCUGAUCACCCUGAUCAUCUAAAGCCAAAUAAAGAAACAGAAAAACCAGUCGAUCAUCUAGAACUUCCUGAUCAGCCAGAUCAUUCAAUCCCUGACAGAGAAACAGAAAAACCUUAUGAUCAUAUGGGACAUCCUGAUCUCUCAGAUCACGCAGAUCAUCCAGACCAUUUAAAACCUAACAAAGAAACAGAGAAUUCUCUUGAUCAUUUGGAACAUCCUGAUCAUCUUAAGCCUGAUAAAGAAACAGAAAAACCUUAUGGUCAUAUGGGACAUCCUGACUUUCCAGGUCAUCCAGACCAUUUAAAGUCUGAAAACGAAACAGUUAAACCUCUUGACCAUUUGGGGCAUCCUGAGCACCCAGUUUAUACAAAGCCUGACAGAGAAACAGAAAAACCAUCUUAUCAUUUAGGUUUUCCUGAUCAGCCAGAUUAUUCAAAGCCUGAUAAAGAAAAAGAAAAACCAAGUGACCAUCCAGGUUAUCCCGAACAAUCUAUUCAUCCCGAUCUUUUAAUACCUAACAAAGAAACAGAAAAACCAAAUGAUUUUUUUGGACAUCAUGAACAUCCUGAUCAGCCAGAUCAUCUAAAACCUGAGAAAGAAACAGAUAAACCUGCUGAGCAUCCAGGACAUCCUGAUUAUCCUGUUAAACCAGAUCAUCUACAGCCUGACAAAGAAACUGAAAAACCUUUGGACCAUUUAGGACAUCCUGAAAAUCCAGAACUUUUCGGUCACCCAGAUCUUUCAAUGCUUGACAAAGAAACAGGAAAACCAUAUGGCCAUCCAGAUUAUCCCUUUUUACAUACUACUGAAAAACCUACUGUUCAAUCAACCCCCUCCAUUGAACCAAUAUCUUUACCUUUUUCAGAUUUACCUCUUAAACAAAUACAUCCAUCUAGAUUGCCAUUUUUGACUUCAACCAUCAGUGCUCCAGACAGCAACUCGAUCUUUAUUUCUUCUGAUAGAUUAGAUGAUUUGAAGCCUUCAAUCCACCCUUUAGUGCCUACAACAAAUCCUAUUGUGGAUAGUCUAUCUUCUACAACGACUCCUGAUAUUCCCAUACCUACUACAACUUUAGAUUUAAAUGUUCCUACCAUCAAACCUUUGUUGGUAGAUUCGGAUCAUUCUGUUACGGUAACGACUCCUGCAAUUUUAAAAGCAACUUCAACUCCAUCUCCUAAUAGUACACAUCUUAGUGGCGUUCCAAGCUUUGAUAUUUUAAUUUCGUCAACUGGAAGUAAAAACUGUGGGAAUAGUUUUCCAUGUUGGCCAACAGACUACUCCCUUUCCCACGCAAUUCACCCAUGCUGUACAAAUCAAAGUUCUACUAAUAAAUGCAAUUGUCAAUGUAUCUUUCUCAAUAUGCUAAUUCAACUUGAAGGUCACCAUAAACCAACUUUUUUAUGCCAUAAAAGAACAUUUAGAAAUCCUGGAUUCAUUAUUUCAGAUAAAGGUAAGUAUCCAGAUAAGCGGUGUCUUCAACUUCCGAUCGAUCUUUCAAAAUCAAGAAGAUAUUUGUGUUAUUCGCGUGCUUCAGGCUAUAAAUUGGGAUGGUCUGAUAAUUUAAGAGAUAAUAAAUGCAUUCGAUCAAAUGCGAUAUCGAAAAAACUAUGUUUGUUUUGAUACUUUUUAUAUUUAUUGUA